ACUCUCCACCUGAAACUAACUUUGGGGAGGUGCAGUUAUUAGACGGAGAGUGUACGCGUUGUUUACAAUAUCAUAACAAAAAAAAGUUGUUAUUCGUACAAAGUUUAGAACAAAGCAAAGCUAAUUAAAACCAGUUAGAACCCUAGAUAACAUUAUCAACUAAAUUUUUUAAUAUGGACGAAUUACCAGAGGAAAUUGUUGCGAAAAUAUUCAGCUAUCUUAUAGAUGGAAUCUCUUUGAUUGCAGUGUCACAAGUGUGUUCCUAUUUUAAACUUGUCGCUACAACACAAGUCAGAUCAAUUAACAUCAAGUUAUCCAGUGAAAAAACAGACGAAAUUAAAUACUUGCAAAAAUCUUUAGAAGAACUAUCCGCACUAAAAAAAUUGAAACUUGAAGUAUCAUUUGAUGUCCAUAAUCUCGAAAAAUCACAAUUCUGUCAUAGGCAUAGUAACGUCAUUACUAAUUUAUUUCUUCGAGAAAUGACUUUUUUGAAUCCUUUUUUUGAAAAUCCGAACAUUUUGUUUCCUUCUUUGACAUCACUUACCAUUGAAAAUUCAGAUCUGACUUCUUGUUCAGCUGAAAUAACACAUUUCAUUCUUAAGUGUUGUCCAAAGUUGAAAACUCUUACCAUUAGUGGCUGUUCUGGUCUUGAAAUCGAUUCAUUAAAUUAUAUUGGGCAAUGUUUAAAUCAAACUGUAAUAGAAAACUUUCAACUUUUACCUACUUACAGCUAUUUUGAUAUAUCAGAAUCUCCUUUUAUUGGCCAUUGGACAAUAGAAAAUCUCAAAACUUUCUCGAUCAGAUCGAAGCUUGUAGUUGUUAAGAAAAACUUUGCCAAAAAUCUUAUCUCUAGACCAAGUGAUAAUUUAAAAACUUUGGAACUCAUCGCUGAAAUUGAUUUUGGCGAAAAUCUUACCAGAAAAAUCAUUCAAAAUUUUCACAACUUAGAGAAGCUCUCUAUUGGAAAAGGCUGUUUAAAGAUUGAAAACGAAGAUUUUAUUAUACUGUGCAAUUUUUUUAAAAGAUUGAAGUCACUUGAGUUUCACUUUUCACAAUCUGAGAUUAAGUUAGAUAUGGAAAACCUUCAAGAAAAUAGUUCGAUAAUUGAAUUGACUGUUGGUUUAACUAAAAAUAUUACUUUAGAUAAUCUCAAAGUAAUCGCUAAAUGUUUGCCCAGUGUAGAUAGAUUAAGCAUAAUAAUUUAUGGUUAUCAACUGACGUCUUCAAACCAAGAGUUUCUCAGUUUUAUAACAAACAUUUUCCCAAACGUACAGCAUCUUGAAUACCAGAAAACAGGGAUGCACGAAAACAUGAAAUUCACAGCAAUAAAAGAUGAGAUAGAUCUACCUAAUUUUAGACACUUUGACGAUAUAAAAUAUCUAACGUCCUAAAAAUUAAUUAAUCCUAUUUUACAAAAUUUUAUGUAUGUCAUAUGUGACAAGAAAAACAAAAUUAUUUUAAAAUUGAAUAAAAAUAGAAAAUUAUUUACUAACAUAUGCUUGAUAUGUGGCUGACCUUAAAAAAGAAUGAUCACAUGCGC